AUGCGACCAACCAUCACCGUCGCCGUAUACCUUGCCCAGCUGUUUGGCUUCGUAAUGGGAAAGGCGGCGGCGACGUUUCUACCCUCGAAGGUCUUCUUCCAGGCCUCGCGCUUUGCCUUCACCCUGAAUCCUGGACCCUGGAGCAUGAAAGAGCAAACCCUCGUCACUAUUAUGUCAAAUGUCAGCUAUAUGGCCCCUGUCAUGACUGAGCUGUUCUUUAUCCAACGUCUUGACAUGUACCUUGGUCUGGAAUGGGCAGCGGACUUCGGAUAUGGCUUGUGUAUGCUGCUUUCGUCCCAACUCCUAGGAUUCGGACUUGCCGGCUUAUGUAGAAGAUUCUUGGUUCACCCUCCUCACACACUCUGGUAUUUUGUCCUGGGACAGACUGCCAUGAACAGGGCUUUCAUCCAAGGCGAAAAUCCACUCACCAACGGCUGGAGAAUAUCCAGGAUGAAGUACUUCUUCGUCGUCUUCGCAUGCGCCUGGUGCUAUUAUUGGAUUCCGAAUACGAUGUUUCCUACGCUGACCUUCUUCAACUGGAUCACUUGGAUCAAGCCUACGAGCGCCGUGGUAGCCCUAGUGACCGGCUCAUACUACUUCAACUUAGGCUUCAACCCUCUGAGCAGUUUUGACUACCAGUGGUUCUCGACAGUUGAUCCAUUCGUUACCCCGUACUUCAUUGUGGUGCAGAUGGGUCUCUGUGUCAUCAUUCCCGUCUUCUUCUCGAACACCUGGGAUACCGGCUAUCUACCCAUCAAUUCUUGGCUGCCUUACGACAACACGGGGGCUCCAUACCAGGCUCAGCUCAUCCUGGGCCAGGACCAUAAAUUCAACCAGACUGCUUACGAACAGUAUUCGCCGCUUCUUUUGCCCGCAGCUUUCGUUUUGAGAUGGGCCGGCAUGAUGGCACUGCUUCCGGCCAUGCCUGUCUUUGUGUAUCUUUGGCAUAGGAAGCUAUUCGCACCAAUCUUCCAGAGCUGGUUCAAGAGCGAUGCGCAUACGAUGUGGGAGAAUGACGUACACUACCGCCUGAUGAGCCGCUACAAUAAAGCUCGGCAUUAUGUAUACGGCGGCAUUGCAAUCAUUGCAAUGGCUCUUGGUAUAGCUGGCGUAUACGCUUGGCCUGUUGGCGUGCCAUGUGUAAGUCGGAUUUUCCCAGUGGUGUUUAUCCUCAGUGGUUUCUUCGUGAUCCCCGUUGGCCUCCUCACUGGUGUAGCAGGCUAUGCCACCGACCUAGAUUUCAUCUUCAGCAUCAUAGGCGGAUACGCGGUCCCUGGUGACCCUGUCAGCAUCUUCGUCUUCAAAUCCUUGGGAAAGUGUGUUCUGCGACAAGCCACAUACUUCUUGUCCGACAUGAAGCUUGGUCACUACAAUAAGAUUCCACCACGGCUUAUGCUAGCUUCUCAAGUGAUUGCCACUAUUGUUUCGGUGAUCACAUCGCUUGGGAUCAUCAAGUUCCAACUAACUGGCAUUCCUGGGAUCUGUAACCCGGUGCUGCAACCAAGGUGGAUCUGCGGCAACGUGGCUCAAAGCUGGACCACCUCCAUUGUGUGGGGAGCUCUUGGUCCCUCGAGGCUCUUUGGGAGUGAUACCCCCUACAAAAAGCUCCCCUGGUCCGUCUUGGCUGGCGUUCUGUGGCCUAUUGUCUGGUAUCUGGCUCGACAACGCUGGCCCAACAACGUUUUCCGACUUUGCCAUUCUCUCGUUCUUUUGGUAGGACCAAUCUUGUGGGCACCCCUCAACUUUUCCAUGGUAUGGCAAGGUUUACCAGUGUCUUUCGUAUUUGGAUACUGGAUCAAGUACCGGUAUGUGGAAUGGUGGAACAAGUACAACUACAUCACUCCCACGGCUCUUCUGUCGGGUAUCGCCUUUUCGACCAUUAUUCAAUUUCUGGGUCUUGCUAAUCGGGGGAUAACUGUAAGUCGUGUCCUUCAGCGCACUGUAAUUGUGCUUCUGCCAACAACCUAUCACAGUUUCCCCAAUGGUGGGGCACAACGCAGUAUAUACACGUGUGACUUUAAGGACUGUAGAUGGUUGACGGUCACUCCUGGUGAGCCUAUUGGGCCCGCAGAGUAGCACUAAUUCGCUGGAUAGGAGACUGCCCUGGGGAAGGACUGGCUAGG